CAAAGGUUAGGUCACAUUCUUUAAUUAUUACAACUUUUCAGAAAACGAGUGGUGGUCAUCAUCUGCGGGACUAGCUUCAUGCUCUAACUUAUGCACGUUUGUUCAACCUAAAUCCAGUUGUCAAAAGCGAAUCUCGGAAACAAGUUCGCAGUCAACCUCGAAGUGAUAUUUACAACCGACUAAUGUGCAUACAACUUGUUUUGGCUGCCGCGUGGGAAGCUACGGUUAACCGCCAGACGCACACCAGCCGUACACUCAUUGAACGCUGAAUGGAAUCAUCAGUUCGCCUGUCGGAUAACACUGACCGGUUCACUUUGAUGUAAACAACAUAAGAGGCUUCGUCACAAUUUUAGUCGUGAAAAUGACCAGCUGGUCGUUGCAUGUGGUCGUGCGUCUAUUAUGCUUAUGCUAUCCUGUGAGGAAUUUUGAAUUCCCGUUCAAAAAUCACAGCCUGCCAAUCCACCAGCGCUUAGAUGAUCUCCUCAGCCGGCUCACAGUGGACGAGCUCAUUGUGCAAGUAUCUAAAGGAGGCGCAGGACCCCAACAUGGACCCGCACCGGGCAUCAAACGUUUAGGCAUUGACCCGUUUCAGUGGCGGACAAAUCCAGGGGACGGCGAGGGGACGUCCUUCCCGUUACCGAUCAAUCAAGCGGCUACUUUCGAUUCGGAGCUGGUGCACCGCAUCGCUUUUGCAACAGGACUGGAGAUGAGGGCUAAGUGGAAUCAGCACAAACGGGCGGGACAAUAUGAGGAUGGGACUGGAAUCCACGUGUACGCACCGGUGACAAACCUGAUGAGGCACCCGCUCUGGGGUAGAAAUCAGGAGACGUACGGAGAAGAUCCAUACCUGUCUGGCCAACUAUCUGAGGCCUACGUGAAAGGUGUGGGAGGCUGGAGGCAGAUCAAACCACAGCUCUCCGAGGAUAGGAACAAUCCGCUUACUGCGCACACUCUACUGUUUGUUCAAAGCGAUCGACAUCGUAAACUGGCAGUGGUUGCCGUUGCAAGUUCCAUAGUGCUAGUGCAUCAUCGGCCUGGUAUCUUCCCCCUUCAACCGGUGUACGGAAAGGUCCACAAGCCACCACUGAAGCGUAUAGCUGUGAUCGGUCCAUUCGCCACCAAAGUUGACGAACUCUACGGCGGUUACCACAACAUUCGUAUUCCCGAGUUCGAAGUACCCGUUCAGAAAGGUAUGGAACAGGUUGCCGAGGCGGUCGACGCCGAUGAAAUCUGCUUUGACGGUGCGUUGUGCCAGCGUAUUGACGUUCCAGCAUUAAUAUCCAUCCUUCAUCGCGACCAGUUAUCCAUGGUUGUUCUCACCGUUGGCACCGGGAACCGUGUGGAGGCUGAAGGACAAGAUAGAGAGAACAUUAGCCUACCAGGCAAGCAAAGCGAUCUGCUUCAGAAAACGUUGGAACUGACAGACAGCAUAUACGACGUCAAUCCCCUUACUCCGAUCCCUGUCGUCAUUUUGGUUUUCAGCACUGGACCGGUGGAUAUACAUCUGGCUGUUUCGCAUCCAAGAGUCGUAGCAAUAUUUUGGUGUGGCUUCCCUGGAGCUCACAUCGGUGAAGCCUUGGCGCGCAUAAUGCUGGGUAAUCCCGGCGAUCCGUAUGGAGUACAAGCUCCUUUGAUGCCCAACGCCGACGAAGACAAGGAACUGGGGAGCUGGGGCUUGUCUACCCCGGUGGCGAAAUUCUGGUGGAUCCCCGCUGCCCGGCUACCGUUCACGUGGUAUCGGUCAAUCGAUCACUUGCCAGACAUGACAUAUUACGAAAUGACCAAUCAAACUUAUAGGUACUUACCGUAUGAAUGUUCCAGAGCCUCCGAUGACUGCAAAUUGCCAAUCCUUUUUCCAUUUGGCUAUGGGCUUACGUAUAACGCGGACAAGUGCGGUGCAAGUGAAUUUGUAUACUCUCAACUAAUUUUGCCCGCAAAUCCUAUUCUAAUUGGACAACCUUUCGUAAUCUACGCGACAGUGACAAAUGCAGGACCGUUGGCCUCGGAUGAAGUUGUACAGUGCUACGUAUCGUGGAUGAGACCGAAUACGAGUUUGGACGUAAGGGAAGAAGAUAUCCGCAGUCCAAAUAUUCAACUGGCUGGUUUCCGCCGGAUUGGUCUGAAGGUCGGGGAACGCAAAACUAUGGAAUUUACACUCUCAGCCGAAGCACUUAGCGUUUGGUCAGAGUCCGCCAACGGUACCGUUCCUGGUGAAGGACGGCUACGAGUGACGGUUGGGGGACAACAACCAGACCAGGACGUCUCUGUGGGCUCAAACAUCAUUUCAGGAUAUGUGGAAAUAUUACGACAAAUUUGAUCGCUACCAUUGUUAUACAGCAGAAUUGUAGCGUUUAUCCAAUAUAAUUUGAAAUGCUGUUAAUAUUGGGAAAAUCUUUUUAAAUCCUCUAAUUUCAUGGUCCAAUUUUUAUCUUUAC